UGUUUUAUCGUCUAUUUAUCAGCGGUUUGUUGUAGUAUUCGCGUGUGGGAGGGUAUUGGUUAUUUGUCUGUGCACACACACAGCAUUAGCAGAGGCCGUUUAACGAUUUAGCUACCACAAAGGAAAAAUAUCAGACUGGAAAAGUCGAGAUCCCAUUUCAAUUGAAUUAGCGGCUUGACAGGCUGUCUGUGCCGUUAGCAAUGGUAGCGUCGUAUCUUGAUUUAAAGAGGAUGGCGCCUGUCUUGGUGCUGUUGCUUGCCGUGUACAUCAGUGGGACAUGGUCUGUGGACAAGGGCAACUUCAAGACCUGUGACCAGAGUGCCUUCUGCAAACGUCAGAGAGCCUUGAAGCCUGGUGAGUCCCCUUAUCGAGCCCUGCUGGAGACCAUGGAACUGACAAACACUAAACUCACCCUGCAGCUCAUCAAUGACAACAACAAGGUGCAUCUGCUGCUCGAGCUCUACCGGCUCCAGGGAAACAUAACAAGAGUGAAGAUUAAUGAGUUGAAGCCUCUGAAACCUCGCUAUGAGGUCCCAGACGUGCUCAUCAGGGAGCCACCUACAGAGCCCCUGUCUGUCUUGUCUCAGGACGAGAAUGGGGUGGUGCUGUCCCUGGGGGCGAAGUCUCAGAGGGUCAUUGUUAGCGCCAGGCCCUUCCGACUGGACAUCAUGGAGGGACACGAUGUGCUGAUGUCGCUGAACUCUCGUGGUUUGUUGGCCUUUGAGCACCUGAGGAUGCGCAAGGACACUUUCUCCUAUAAAGUAACUAGCACAGUGGCUAGCGUGUGGGAUAAUAUCAAGAGGGUAUUCUCUAGUCAGGCAGAUCCUGAGGCUGAGAACAAAGAAGAGGCAGAUUCAGCAAAUCAGGACGAGACAGCAAAAGAGGAAGAGAAAGUAGAAGAGGGGAUGUGGGAGGAAACGUUUAAAUCACAUACAGACAGCAAACCCAAUGGUCCAUCUGCUAUUAGUUUAGACUUUUCACUGCCAGGUGUGGAGCAUGUUUACGGGAUCCCAGAACACGCAGACACCCUCAAGCUCAAAACAACAGAUAAUGGAGAUCCAUAUCGGCUCUAUAACUUAGACGUCUUCCAGUAUGAACUGUAUAACCCUAUGGCCUUGUAUGGGGCUGUCCCAGUUAUGUUGGCACACAACGUCCAACGAACUACAGGCAUCUUCUGGCUCAAUGCUGCAGAAACUUGGGUGGAUAUAAGCUCCAACACAGCUGGAAAGACUGUGUUUGGGAAAAUGCUGGACUACGUUCAGGGCUCCAGUGAGACACCACAGACAGAUGUCCGUUGGAUCUCUGAAAGCGGUAUCAUUGACGUCUUCAUUAUGCUUGGACCAACUCCCAAAGAUGUCUUCUCUCAGUAUGCCUCUUUAACAGGCACACAGUCCUUCCCUCCACUGGCUUCCCUGGGCUACCACCAGUGCCGCUGGAACUACAAUGACCAGGAAGAUGUACGCACAGUGGAUGCAGGCUUUGAUGAGCAUGACAUCCCCUAUGACUUUAUCUGGCUUGAUAUAGAGCACACAGAUGGAAAGCGCUACUUCACCUGGGAUCCACACAAGUUUGCAACACCAAAGGAAAUGCUGCAGGGUCUCAUGGACAAGAACCGCAAGAUGGUUGCCAUUGUGGACCCUCACAUCAAAGUAGACAGCAACUACAAGAUCCAUAAUGAAAUCCUCUCUCGUGGUUUCUAUGUCAAGACUAAAGAUGGUGGAGACUAUGAGGGCUGGUGUUGGCCUGGUAAUGCCGGUUAUCCAGACUUCACCCGUACUGACGUGAGAGCCUGGUGGGCCAGCAUGUUUGCCUUCAAUCAGUAUGAGGGCUCCAUGGAGAAUCUGUAUACAUGGAAUGACAUGAAUGAGCCAUCAGUUUUCAAUGGGCCUGAGGUCACAAUGCACAAGGACGCAGUGCUCGGGAACUGGGAAAACCGUGAUGUGCACAACUUGUACGGCUUCUAUGUGCAAAUGGCUACAACAGAGGGUUUAAUCCAGAGGUCUGGAGGAGCUGAGCGCCCCUUUGUCCUCACCAGGGCUUUCUUCGCUGGGUCACAGCGCUAUGGUGCUGUGUGGACCGGAGAUAAUGCUGCUGAGUGGGACCAUCUGAAAAUCUCAAUCCCCAUGUGUCUGAGUUUGGGUCUGGUUGGAAUCUCUUUCUGUGGUGCUGAUGUCGGUGGUUUCUUCAAGUCUCCGAACACUGAGCUGCUGGUGCGUUGGUACCAGACGGGGGCUUAUCAACCAUUCUUUAGGGCCCAUGCCCAUCUGGACACACCUCGUCGUGAGCCCUGGCUGUUUGGUCCAGAAAACACGGCUCUGAUCCGUGAGGUUGUGCGACAGCGCUACACAUUCCUUCCCUACUGGUACCAGCAGUUCUACCACACACAUUGCACUGGAGAGCCCACCAUGAGACCAUUGUGGGUGGAGUACCCUCAGGAUCCUGCUACUUUUGCUCUGGAUGACCAGUUCUUGAUCGGGCGAGAUCUGCUGGUGCACCCAGUUACUGAGGAAGGAGCCAGAGGAGUCACUGCCUACCUGCCUGGGAAAGAUGAGGUCUGGUUUGACAUCCACACCUUCCAGAAGCACAAUGGGGCCCAGAACCUUUACAUCCCCGUCACCAUGAGCUCUAUCCCAGUUUUCCAACGCGGUGGCUCCAUCAUUCCCAGGAAGGUGCGCGUUCGCAGGUCCUCCUCUUGCAUGGAGCAUGACCCCUACACUCUGUAUGUGGCUCUUAACACUCAGAGAACUGCAGAGGGGGAGCUCUACAUAGACGAUGGCCAUACCUUUAACUAUGAAAAGAAGGAAUUCAUCCACAGGAGGCUGUCCCUUGCCAACAACGUGCUCACUUCUGUUAAUCUCGCUCCUGAUGCCCAGUUUACUACCAAGUCCUGGAUUGAACGUGUUGUCAUACUGGGAGCCAGUAAACCCAGCAAGGUUACUCUUAAGACUGCAGAUGGCCAGGAGAGCCAACUAGAGUUUGAUUUUGAUGCCUCCAUGUCUGUUGUGACACUCCGCAAGCCUGGCAUGAACGCAGGGGCUGACUGGACCGUGACGCUUCAGUAAAUAUAGAGACGGGAGAAAAGCAGGAGAGAAUUUCUGAACGAGACAGAAGAGGAGGAGAUGCUGAGACAAGGACCUAACAGCCAGGACUAACUUUAGCAGUACAACAGAAUAGCCAAAAUGAAGAUAAAUACAAAGUCCAGUUUUCAUCCACACACACACACACACACACUCCCAACUCGCAUAUUAGUUAGUGAUCUGAGCCACUUCUCUGCCCUUUCCCUCUUGUGUUUUAAGUCGCACUGUUAAUACCUGACAACAAGGCUUCAAGGUUACUACGAGAUAAAUGAUGGCCACAAUUUUCAGAUGGGUAACAGUUCAA